AUGCCCGAUUCCUCUCGAACGCUCGCCGAUAUCGACGACAUCGAUGGGACCGAAUUGAAGGCGCACCUGAAAAACUGGAUCGAGCAGGAAGACAUCGAGGCCAACCUUCAGCUCCAGAUGAAGAAGAACUUAAUCGACAAAAUGAGCCGAACGGCUUUGGGAAAGAAAAUUGCCCUCAAACUGCAAACCCAGCAGGGCAUUGUGCUGUCUCCGCUCGUGCUCGUCCUCAACACGCUGGUGGCAGAGUUCCUGUACACGCAGAAUUGCCACUUUUCGCUUUCAAUCUUCACCAAUGAGGUCCCGUUCAAGAACACACUGCCGGAUUUUACCCGAUCGUCUAAAUUUCGAUUGACUCGAGCUGAACUGCUUGAAAUCUUCGAAGCACUCGGUAUCGAUCACUGUGGCGGGCUUGUGGAGAAGUAUGAAAAGUUGAGCACCGAUCAAGGGUGCCGCUCGUUGCUUUACAUCGUGUUCAGAUCCAUCUUAACUGCAAUUAAGGUGCAGGAAUCACAACUACGGCGCUUGCACAGAUCGGACAAGCGGAGGGCAACCGCACGGACUCUCCUGAAGGAGCUCGAGGUAGAGAAACUACACAGCAACGUGGAAAAGCUGUUGCACCGUGUAAAAUCGGUAGGCAGAGGGAUCGUCGAGUUGGAGAAAAGUCAACAGCAACCCACUGGGAGUGCUCCGGUACCAGGAGCCAAUGAGAAAAGUAAACCGGACGAUGAAGAAUCCUCUCGUUCGUUGCGCGUUUGUUCAGAAAAUGUUUCGAAGCUUGUCGCGCGGCUCGAGUCUUGUACGGUGAUGUUCGAACGGCUCAUCGAAGCUGUGCAGCAUCAGCGACACGAGGACGCAGCUGAAGAGGAUCGUGAUGAACAGGAAGCCAACCACAAGCAAAAGGAGAUACCCUACAAAACGUACACUGAGUUUUUGCGCGAACUCAAAACUACCGAACACGGUAAAAAGUAUGUUGCGAAGCUCCAGAAACAGAUCACCAAACUGCUCGAUAAAGAAAGGCUUCAGAUGCAAGCCAAGUGCGACCGAGAAUUGCGGAAGCUCGAACAAGAGUACAAGGAGCGGUUGGAGAGUGCACUCGCCUCUAAACCCACGGAAACUCCCGGAAAACGAACACCCGAGCCGACCCCUUCGGUGCUGUUUCAGCAUGAUACACGAAGCGAAGAAAGCCAACACUUUAUGCGAAAGAUCGACGAAAAGCUGGAUCAACUUUACCAACAGGAGCGCAACGUGGACGGUAAGCUGGCGACGCUGCGCAACGAUCUGCAAAGACAGGAGCAACGCCAAAGCCGUUAUUUUGAAGCGUUAAAGGCUGCCAAGACGAAGGAAAGUAAACUGCAAGUGCUGCACAACGUGGAGCGGGAACUGAUGGCCACGUUGGAGGACGAAACGAAUGCGAUCAUACAAAAUGCGAGGCACACGAUCGAGCAGCUCGAAAAAGAAAGCGAUAAGAUCAAUCACUCUUUUCAGCGAUACCUGAAAAAACAGCGCGAAGACAAGCGGAAAUUGAUAGAUGAAAAGGUGCAAAUUUGGGCGCGCUACAAUGACGAAAAGCUGGAACUCAACCAGCGGCAACUACUGAACGGGGAACUCGAUGAAGAGUUGCCUGCGGAAACCGUUCCAGUUGUGCCGGAAGUAGCGAUACCGAUACGCGUAUCCGAGGAGCCAUCGGAAGGAAAAUCUCGUUUCGAGAAUCCUUUCCGGGCGUUCGAUCCCCUUCAGUAUCUCAAACGAUCGCGUCCUCCAGCGAGCCAUACAAAAGACGUUGCCAUCGGUACUACUGCCGACGUGGGGCAGCAAACAGUGCAUCCUGAGGAAGAAUUAGGGAAUGCAGCAACAACGAUCGUACAUUCCGUCCCCGCAACCCGUGUGAAUGGUAAUGCUAAUCUUUCAGACAAAUUAGCAAAGGAUACACGUGACUUGCGCAGAAGCAUUGAGGAAAACUUACAAAAACUCGACCAAAUGAGCCGAACGUACUCGAAAUCCCGUAGCUCAUCUGAAAAACGUACGUAUGACGUCGUCCCCACGAAUGGAGAAGAAACGCUUAAACCAGCUACACAAAUGCUUUUGCCAGUAGUCGACCCAAUGUCAAACAGAAGCUUGGACGAUUGCUCUAGCACCGAGCUUGGUUUAUCCGAUGGUGAAGUUGUUUUACCCACUCCUCGUUGCAAGCCAGCGCAGUCCGUUCCACUGGCAGCCAGCAGCCCAAAAUUGAACACAACCCGGGAGUUGCUAGAUUAUGCGACCCAAAAUAUUCGCAACGAACAGCUAAUGAAAGCGGAGCAACCCCAAACCCAACCGACAUUGGCCGCCAGCUACAGUGACUUGUCGGUCAGCAGCAUCAGUGUGGCAAGCAAACUUUCCUAUGAAAAGAGCCAAAGCUUUGGUGGCGAACUGGAUCGCAUUUCCACUGGUGCCCGUUCGAAUGCAUCACAGAAUAGCUGGUCGUAA